UGGAUCGUCUGGCUCGACAGCGGGCACCGGGUCACCAGGCAUGACAGCGGGCACUGGGUCAUCAGGCAUUGGAUCGUCUGGCUCGACAGCGGGCAUCGGGUCACCAGGCAUGACAGCGGGCACCGGAUCAUCAGGCAUUGGAUCGUCUGGCUCGACAGCAGGCAUCGGGUCGCCAGGUAUGACAGCGGGCCCUGGGUCAUCAGGCGUGAUAGGAUCAUCAGGCUGGAUCAGUUCACCAGGCUGGGUACAGACAUCAGGCUGGGUAGAGACAUCAGGCUGGGUAGAGACAUCAGGCUGAAGUGCGGGUGCCGAGGCACCAGGCUGAACCACGGAAGGCAGGUUCUCAGACAGCAGGCUCACCCGGUUUGGAUACUGGCAGGAUGGCCAAAGAAAGGAUAGGUGCAGCGAGUGGGAGCAGGGGACUGGUAUGUGGUUGUUAGCAGAGUAUACUGGCCGUCACUGGGGUGCUGUCGGGGAUGCAGGAAGAGUGCCUUGAGCAGAGG